AUGCAGUGCUGGAUUGAUGGUGUCGACACCAACGAGACAGUGGCAGCUUGGAACUCCACGGAGGUACUGGCCGCAAUUCCAAAGACGUUAGAAGGAAAAUUACACAAUUGCUAUCUCUACAAUGAAUACAACGAAACGGAGAAAUGUUCCAAAUGGGUCUUCGACACAAGGUAUAGGACGUCGUCGCGAGCUAUCGAGUGGAGUUUCGUUUGCGACCAGCGAUGGAUGGGUGCAAUCACGCAAAUGGUUUACAUGUUGGGCGUAUUCACCGGAGCUGUUGUGCUGGGAGGCAUGGCGGAUAAAUAUGGGAGAAAAACAAUAUUCUGCUGGUCGGGAGUGCUACAAUUAAUCUUCGGUGUAUUAGCUGCGUUUAUACCUGAAUAUUGGUCGUUCUUACUUACACAAUACCUUUACGCAAUAUUUGGUUCUGCCGAUGAUAGACAGCUUUUGCAAAUCGUUUACGGACUACACGGUCUCCUUUUGAUACCGCACAUAUGGAUAAUGGAUGAAUCUCCUCGUUGGUUGUGGGCCCAAGGUCGAGCGAAAGAAGCUGUUGAUAUAAUACAAAGAGGUCUUAAAUGUAAUAAAUCUGAAGAAAUAUUGGAUAAAGCUCGAUUGGUAUCGAUAGGUAAAGUAGAAAAAUCAAAAGAUGAAGACGACGCACCACCUGCUACUACGUUAGAUUUAUUCAAAACACCAAAUUUAAGGAUCAAAACCCUUAACGUUUGUUUAUGUUGGUUUGCAAACUCACUUGUGUAUUAUGGCUUAACUCUUAGCACUGGUAAAAUGGAAGGAAAUCCUUAUUUAAUAACAGCUAUUUUUGGUUUUGUAGAAUUGCCGAGCUACGCUGCCGUGAUUUAUUUCCUGGAUAUAUGGGGUAGAAGGCCUUUAAUUAGUUCUAUGAUGUUGAUUGGCGGUGCCGCGUGU